GAGAGUUUGAGGUACACCCCUCUCAUAUACUGUGAUCUUCACGUGCACUGCUGGAUUUUCCAUUGGCUCAAGGAAGACAAAAGCAAUGGAGACUAAGAGACAAGUUGGUUCUUCUUCCUCCUUCGCUGCUGAUCUUUUUGGCUCCAAAGACUCAUCAGCAUCUCCAUCAAAAGGGAUCUUCAGCUCCAUUUUUUCACCUCCAACUUCGGUUGGGGGGAGGAACUCCUCAGGCUCUAAGGUGUUAGAAUCUUGGCCAAAACAGCCUAUGCAAGAUCAACUACCGAACAAGGAAGAAAGGGUGGAACCAUGCCAUUUUAGUUCAUCUCUUUACUAUGGUGGCCGAGACUCAUAUUCCCAUCCCUCGAGUGGCCGAACUUCAACACCAUAUCCAAUUUUUAAGAAGGAUGGGGGAGAAGAUGACCCUAAUGGAAACAAUUCAAUGGAUGUUUCUAGAGGGAAUUGGUGGCAAGGUUCCCUUUAUUAUUAGACCCUUACUUUCCUAUGCAUUUGAAUCCUCCAAGUGAUCAUAUGGAAGAACAUGAAGCAUGAAUAAGUUUCCGGCACUUGGGAUUCACAAAUCCUUUCAGUAAUAUCUUCGGUUUUUUUCAUGAUUUUAAUCUGGGAAUGAAGCUUGAGAAGUUCUAAAUUACAUCGUAGCUCAGCUCUGAGAUGAGGGCUGAGAAACUGAUGGAAAAUUAGGCCAUUUUCCCUUUUAAAUGUAAAACAUCAUAUGCUUGAGAUUCUGUAUCAAA